AUGAUCAUGCUAACGAUUGUAGCUGAGAUCGAGCGCACCAUCAAAAAGGUCGAUGAGGGCAUUGAACAAUUCGAAGAAUACCUCGCAAAGCUAAAUGCGUCCACCACUGCCGCCCAGAAGGAGCGUUGGGAAGGAGAAAUGAAGAAGGAGGUCAAACGCCUCCAGCGUCUCCGCGACCAAAUCAAGGUGUGGCAGACGUCGAACGAGAUAAAAAACAAGGAACCCCUAAACGAGACACGGCGGAGGAUAGAGGUGCUCAUGGAGCGGUUUAAGGUGCUUGAAAAGGAAAUCAAAAUUAAAGCAUACUCCAAGGAAGGGCUCUCGGCCAUCUCAAAAGUCGAUCCCAAAGAAAAGGAAAAGGCAGAAGUAGUGGCAUGGAUUUCCACGUCCAUGGACCAUCUCAAAACGUUGAUAGACUCAAACGAAGCAGAGCUGGAGGCCAUCUGCAACACGGCCCUAGGGGCUGGCAGUCGCCGGGCAGCCUCCGCAAAGAUGGCGGGGAAGUCGCCGCGCCAGCGUGAGCUAGAGGCGCAUGUAGCGCGACACAAUCACCACAUCUUGAAGCUGGAACUUGUGUUGCGAAUGAUCGAGAAUGAACACAUUCUCUCAGAGGAGGUCGGCUCCCUGCGCGACUUUAUGGACGAUUAUCUUGAGAAUGGAGAGAAUCCGGAUUAUCUCGAGGACGAUUCCAUCUACAGCGAUUUUGACUUUUCGGCAUUGGAGGCAGAGGUAUUGCUCAAGCCGAGCAUGUCCACCCUUAGCGCAGCCAAUUCUGAUGACGAAGAUGAGAGGCCCCAUGACGUGCUGGGGGAAUCAGAGCUUCCACAUCCCAAGCUUCUUUCGGCUUCACCUCCUCUGGCCCCUCCGCAAAGUGGACACAAUCAUCAUCAUCAGCAUCAGCAUCAUCAUAGAAAGUCAACGUUCGUCUCUUCUAAAGUCGCUGAAGUCGCUUCCAAUGUCUCUAUUCCACCCAUCACAUCAACGGGAAACAUUCCUGUAUCUUCGACACCGAUCAAGGUGUGGUCGAAUGUACCAAAGUCAAUUAUCUCGCCAGAGAAUCCGUCCUCUGCGAAGAGAACAGCCGGUACCGGCGUCAGCGAGGAACGGGAACCCCCGAUCUCUGCAGUGCCGUGGUUCAUGUUCUCUGCAAGUAGCUGUCUUAACUCCCAUCUCGAUUUGGUCAGCAAUGAACAUCUACAAGCUGUGGAGCAGGGGUUUCCAAAGGUACAGGGGCUGGAACAGCUCGUUGCCAAUAUGGAGGAUGCCUUUUUCAGGCCUGAAAUGUCCGCAAUCGAUCCAAACACACACUCAGCAGCGCCAUGGGAGCGGUUCAACUUUCCACGGCUUUCUCCACACGCGACAGUAUGGCGUAGUUCACUCUUUGAGCGGAUGGAUGUCGAGUGCCUGUUUGCCGUCUUUUAUUUUUUGCCAAACACCUACGCGCAGUAUCUCGCUGCAAGGGAGCUCAAAAAACAGUCGUGGAGAUAUCACAAGAAAUACCUUACUUGGUUCCAGCGGCAUGAAGAGCCCAAAAUCGUAACAGAGGACUUUGAACAGGGUACAUACAUUUACUUUGACUAUGAAGCCUCGUGGUCACAGCGGAAAAAGUCCGAGUUCACCUUCGAGUACCGGUUUCUGGAGGACGCUGAGCUUGUGUAG